CGUUGCCACGUUCUUUCAGCCGCGCGUGCGCGCUGUCACUACAGAGCUCCAACAUGGCGGACGUGGACGUGUUGGGCUUCGAACACAUGGGGCUCGAUCCCCGGCUCCUGCAGGCCGUCACCGACCUGGGCUGGUCGCGGCCCACGCUGAUCCAGGAAAAGGCCAUCCCACUGGCCCUGGAGGGGAAGGACCUCCUGGCCCGGGCUCGCACCGGCUCGGGGAAAACGGCCGCUUAUGCCAUUCCGAUGCUGCAGCUGCUGCUCCACAAGAAGACGACAGGCCCCGCGGUAGAGCAGGCUGUGAGAGGCGUCGUCCUCGUGCCCACCAAGGAGCUGGCACGGCAGGCCCAGUCCAUGAUCCAGCAGCUGGCUGCCUACUGUGCCCGAGACAUCCGGGUGGCCAAUGUGUCAGCUGCUGAAGACUCAGCCUCUCAGAGAGCUGUGCUGACAGAGAAGCCCGAUAUAGUGGUGGGGACCCCGUCUCGCAUAUUAAACCACUUGCAGCAAGAUAGCUUGAGACUGCGAGACUCCCUGGAGCUGCUGGUGAUGGAUGAGGCUGAUCUUCUCUUUUCCUUUGGCUUUGAGGAAGAGCUCAAGAGUCUUCUCUGUCAUUUGCCCCGGAUUUAUCAGGCUUUUCUGAUGUCGGCUACUUUUAAUGAGGACGUACAAGCCCUAAAGGAGCUGGUGCUGCAUAACCCGGUCACCCUCAAGUUGCAGGAGUCCCAGCUGCCGGGGCCAGAGCAGCUGCAGCAGUUCCAGGUGGUCUGCGCUGCCGAGGAAGACAAGUUUCUGGUGCUGUACGCCCUGCUCAAGCUGGCGUUGAUCCGGGGCAAGGCCCUGCUCUUCGUCAACACCCUGGAGCGCAGCUACCGGCUGCGCCUCUUCCUGGAGCAGUUCAGCAUCCCCGCCUGCGUGCUCAACGGGGAGCUCCCCCUGCGCUCCAGGUGCCACAUCAUCUCACAGUUCAACCAAGGCCUCUACGACUGUGUCAUAGCAACUGAUGCUGAAGUCCUGGGGGCCUCGGUCAAAGGCAAGCGCCGAGGCAAAGGGUCCAAGGGGGACAGGGCUUCUGACCCGGAGGCAGGCGUGGCCCGGGGCAUAGACUUCCACCACGUGUGUGCCGUGCUCAACUUUGACCUGCCUCCCAGCCCCGAGGCCUACAUCCAUCGAGCUGGCAGGACAGCACGUGCCAACAACCCAGGCAUAGUCUUGACCUUCGUGCUGCCCACGGAGCUGCCACACCUGGGGAAGAUCGAGGAGCUUCUCGGCGGAGACAGCGACGCCCCCACCCUGCUCCCCUACCAGUUCCACAUGGAGGAGAUCGAGGGCUUCCGCUACCGCUGCAGGGAUGCCAUGCGCUCGGUGACUAAACAAGGCAUUCGAGAGGCGAGGUUGAAGGAGAUCAAGGAGGAGCUCCUGCACUCGGAGAGGCUCAAGACGUACUUCGAAGACAACCCCCGGGACCUGCAGCUGCUGCGGCACGACCUGCCCCUGCACCCCGCCGUGGUGAAGCCGCACCUGGGCCACGUGCCCGACUACCUGGUCCCUCCUGCUCUUCGAGGCCUCGUCUCCCCUCAUAAGAAGCGGAAGAAGCUGUCCUUUAAGAAGGCCGCGGAUCCAGACAUUAAAAACCAAGACAUUUAAAAACAGCUUCAUAUACAGGGAAAAUCAAAGUGACAGCACAUACUCAGGGAAUGGCCCAGAAAAGACCUGAGGAGACCUUAAGUGUACAUCUCAGGCUGGUCCUUGGCACAGUGACAGCCCACGACAAUACAAUAAAAGCAAAAGCCAAAAACCCUGCGGACGGGAGAGGAUCCGAUUGCCAGAUUUAUAUUAUUAUCAGAUUCAAAUGUCCAGAGUUGGGGGUAAAAAAAAGUCACAAGGUAUACAAACAAAAACAUUGCUCACUUAAAGGAAAAAAUAAAUCAACACUCUGAAAAAGAUGUACUAGGCAAACACUUUCAAAUAACUCUUAAAAAUGCUCAAGGAACUGAAGGAGGGUGUGGAGAUGGUCAGAAAAAUAUUGUGUGGACAAAUAGAAAUAUUAAGAUAGGAAACCUAAAAAAACUUAAAAAGUUCUAGAGCUGAAAAGUUCACCAGGGGGAUUAGAAGGCAGGUAUGAGCAGGUGGAAGAAAAUCUGUGAACCUGAAAAUAGGACAAUGGAAAUUACUGAGUCUGAGGAAGAGAAAAAUACUGAAGGAAAUAAAUGGAGCCUAAGCGACCAUGCUUAUGCACUGUGGGAAUCCGGGAGGAGAGGAGAGAGAAAGGGACAGACAGUAUUGGAAGAAGUAAUGGUCGAAAACUUCCCAAAUCUGAUAAGCAACGUGGAUAUAAACAUCCAAGAAAUUCAAUGAAUUCCAAGUAAGAUGAGCUCAAAAAGAGUCAUAAUAACAUAAUCUAACUUAAAAAGCCAAAGAGAAUCUUGAAAGCAGCAAGGGAGCAGGCAGUGGUCACAUGCAAGGGAUUCUCAAAAGCGUCACCAGCAAAUUUCUCAUCGGAAACUUGGGAGACCAGAAUACAGUGGGCUGCUAUAAUAAUAGUGCUUAAAUUUUCAAAAGUUGUCAACGAGAAUCCUGUAUCCGGUAAGACUGUCCUUUAAGAGUGCAGGAGAAAUGACAUUCCCAGAUAAACACAAACCAGGGGAGUUUGUAACCACUGGCCCUUCCCUUUAAGAAACACUUGAGGGAGUCUUGGAAGGUGAAAUGAGGACACUAGGCAGUACCUCAACACCAACUGGAGAAAGAAAGAUCUCAGAGGGCAGCUAACAUGGGUCAUAGCAAGGCCUGUAUCAAAAGGCGGAGAUUGGCAGAAUGGAUUAAAGCACAUGAUCCAACUAUAUGCUGUCUGCAAGAGCCUCACGUGAGAUCCGGGGACACCCGCGGGUUGAAAGUGGAAGGAUGGAAAAAGACAUUCUGCAGACAUUACAAAAGGGUGGAGGGGUGGCUGCUGAUGUCAGAAAAGAUAGACUUUAAAUCGAAUGUUUUCAAGGGAUGAAGAGGAACAUUACGUAUUAAUAACAGAUGCAAUACAGGAAAAAUAAGUGUGUACUGCAUUUACGCACCCACUGACAGGCCCUCAAAACAUGCGAAGCAAAAAUGGACAGAACUGGGGGAGAAACACGGUUCUACCACCACGGCAGGAGAGUUCAGUGCCCCGCUCUGAGUAUGGGCAGAGCCACCAGACAUAAGGAAGGAAAUAGAGGACUCGAGCGACAUGAGAAACCGCCCAGAUCCAACCCGUAUACAGAGCACUCCGCCCAACAGCAAAUACACAUGGAACAUUCUCCAUGAUGAACCACACGUUGGGCUACGAAUUGUCUCAACAUUUAAAAAGCUGGACACCAUCUGGUGUAUAUUCUCUGACCACAACUGGACGAAGUUAGAAAUCACUAAGAGGAGGAAAACUGCAAAAUUCACAAACUUGUGGAAAUGAUACUCCACACCGGCGCCAACCAAUGGGUCAAAGAUCAAAUUGCAAGCGAAAUGAGAAAGCACUUAGAGGUGAAUGAAAGUGGAAACGCCACAUACCAAAACUUCAGGGGCGCGGCAAAAGCGGCGUUAAGGGGGAAAUUUACAGCUGUAAAUGCUAACGUCAAAAAACGAGGAGGAACUCAGGUCAGCAACGUAACUUUACAGCAUAGGGAACGAAGGAGAACAAACUAAAACCAAAGCUAGUGGGAGGAAGGACAUAACAAAGAUCUGAGCAGAGAGAAAUACCAUAGAGAAUAGAACAACGACAGAAAAUCAACUAAACCAAGAGUUGGUUCUUUAAAAAGUUUAAUAAAAAUGACAAACCUUUGGCUAGACUAAGAAAAAAGAGAAGACUCCAAUUAUUGAAUCAGAAAUGAAAGUAAAGACAUAACUACCAAUUCUACAUAAAGUAUUGUAAGAGAGAACUACAAACAAUUAUCUACCAACAAAUUGGAUAACUAGAUGAAAUGGACAAAGUCCUAGAAACACAAAGUCUGCCAGGGCUGAAUCGAGAAGAAAUAGACAAUCUGAACAGAUCCGUAACUAGUAAAGGGAUUGAAUCCAUUUUCAAAAAACCUCCCUGGAAAAUCCCUGGACCCGAUGGCUUUGCUGAAUUCCACCAAACAUUUAAAGCAGCGGUCCCCAACCUUUGUGGCACCAGGGACCAGGGCUCCUGUGAGAAUCCAAG